UUGCGACGGCUUGAGUUGCGCUGGAACGCUACAGGCUCGAGGAUGCCGGCCGACUAACUGCCGAUAAGAGGACUUCAUCCGCGGCCCGGUUAGUUGAUGAUUGCACUUGACACGAGAUAGAUCGUGUGAAGUUUACAAAACUUACAACCUACAUCACAUUGAGUACGAUCAGUUUUUUUUCGUUGCCGCGAUUCCGAUCACCGAAGGUGUGAAUUGAUGUGUUUCGAGUGUGAACGAGAUGAAAGUGCACGCGUUUGACGGCCGGUCAGCUUGGCGGUGGAUCCUGGUCGGAUUUUUGUUGAUACAAGUUGUGUUGUGUCUGGUGAAGGACGGUUACGAAGAUGAACAUAAUAGUGCUCCUGCGGUUAACAAUGGUCUCGGAGUGGACAACGAUCUCGUUGAAGACAAGCCAUCGGCCACGGCAAAGUCUGCACCACGAAGAAAAGCCUUCCGUUUGAUUCAAGCCGAACGGGAAAAGAAGCAUCUCGAUCUGAAUCAGAUUCGAAAGAAACGUUUUAUCGCAGAUCUUCUCAAACCCUCCAAAAAAUCCUACCACAACUGUACUACACCAUCCGGAGCGAAAGGCCACUGUAAGCGUUAUCAGGACUGUAGACUUCCAGAAUCAAAAGAGAAUAUUUGGAAGGUUUUGGGACAGCUAUGUGUUAUCGAGAGCAUUUCCAUCGGAAUCUGCUGCCCGGAUAUGCGGACGGAGGGAACGGGACCAGAGUUCGCAGCACGACUACCGGCCCUAGCCGAUGAUGAGUACGAUUCGGUUGAAGGAGACAACGGUGUCGAAUCGAGAGACGGUCUCGAGCGGACAGAAGAACGAGGCUGCGGUAUUUCAACCAAGCAGCUACCGAAAAUCGCCGGUGGUCGUCCGGCAGAUCCGAAGGAAUGGCCCUGGAUGGCGGCGUUGAUUCUCAAUCAGGCCCAGCAAUCGUUCUGCGGUGGAGUUCUGGUAACCGAUCGGCACGUACUGACAGCGGCUCACUGUGUGUUGAAUCUAAAGAUUCAUCAGUUUUUGGUGAGACUCGGGGAAUACGACUUCACUCAGUACAACGAAACAAGAUCCAGAGAUUUUCGUGUAACCGAGAUGCGAAGUCAUGUGGAUUUCGAUCCGGUCAGCUACGAAAAUGACAUUGCUAUUUUGAAACUGUUCAGACCUUCGCUUUUCAAUUCGUACAUAUGGCCAAUUUGUCUGCCUCCACUGGACGACUCUUGGGACGGUUACCGGGCGGUUGUCGUUGGGUGGGGAACGCAGUUUUUCGGUGGACCAUUUUCGAAGGUACUGAUGGAAGUAGAUUUGUCGAUUUGGUCCAAUAGUGACUGUCAGAGUAAGUACAUCAAUCGUGUUUUCGAGACCAGCCUCUGUGCGGGGGAUCGCGAAGGUGGCAAGGAUUCCUGCCAGGGUGACAGUGGAGGUCCUUUGAUGGUUCAACUUCCGAACAAACGGUGGGUCACCGUCGGAAUAGUUUCCUGGGGAAUCCGAUGUGGCGAGGCGAAUCAUCCGGGGAUCUAUACGAGAGUGAGCUCUUAUGUUCGGUGGGUUAUCGAGAAUGCUGUAUUUUGAGAGGGAACGGAGGCCUAUCUUGGUACAUCGAAUCAUGACAGAAUGCUUCAAAUAAAUUUAUACUUUUCAUAUUAUCGAAA